UUGGCCCAAGCCGCGGCAGCUCCCUCGGAGGCCCGGCCGGGCGCGGGCGGGCCCCUCUGCCUCGAUGGUGGUCUCGGUGCAGGUGGGCUUCUCGGGCCUCUACGCCGGGGCCGCCUGCUGGGCCGUCUUCGGGGUCCUGGCGCGGGUCGUGGCGCAGGCGUGCUUCGUGAAGGAGUCGCCCAAGUGCACCAAGGCGGAGAGCAAAGAGCUGGCGACGCUCGUCGUGGUGGCCUCUCGCCGACAUCUGCAUGGGAUGCUUCUGGGCGUUCGUCUACAUGUCGGAGAAGAGAGGGCGGCAGUCACACAGACGUUCGGAGGUCCGACCGGAUCUGGUGGAUCUGCGCUGGGCCAUCGGCGCGCUCCGCGCGCCAGGGAGGGGGACGGAGGGGGGUCGUGGGAGUCAAUCGGAGGUGGGUAGACCUCCUACCCUGACACGUCGAUUAAGGAAUUGGCCG